AUGGUCCAUGCAAACAACCAAGAGCUGAAGGAAGUCACUUCGGAUAUGAGUGCAUCAAUGUCCACCGCAAUCGCAUCGAACGAGAAUUUUAUAGAGACCAACACCGGCUCUCCUGUGGCUAUCCAAAUUCGAAACAGACACGACUCCCCUUCGAGUCUUUUUAUUUUAUUUUAUUUUAUUUAUUAUAUUCGGGGGAUGUUGGGACAUACACCAGAGGCCAUUCAUAUACACCAGCAAAAAAGCAGAAGAGCGCAACCUUACUGGCAUCUUUGGAAAAUUUCACCCAAUUGGUUGGCUGGUUGGUUGGUUGGUCGAGUGGUUGGCAACUCCCGAGUAAACAACAAGAAAUACUCAUCAAACAACCACCGCAAGGAGACCGUCUUCCAUCCUCUCCUGCCCAUGCUUGACAGCGCUGCUCUCGUCCUCCUAGGACUGGCUGGAGUCGCCCUCGGCUCGCAGCCUCAGGCUCCAGAUCCCAUUCCUGCGCCGCUGAGGGAGCUGACAUGGGGCCAGCUUAACUUCCUCCACACCACCGACGUCCACGGCUGGUAUUCGGGCCAUCUACAGGAGCCGUCGUUCUCUGCCGACUGGGGAGAUUAUGUCUCCUUCGCGACUCGCAUGCGUGAAAAGGCCGAAGCAGCCGGGACGGAUCUACUGGUAGUCGAUACUGGAGAUCGGGUCGAAGGGAAUGGACUCUACGACAGCUCAGACCCCAAGGGAGUGUAUGCCUCGGAGUUUCUGAAAAAGCAGCAUAUUGACCUGCUUUGCUCGGGAAACCAUGAGCUCUACAAGCAGAACACGUCGGAGGCUGAGUUCCGCACGACUGUACCGAACUUCAAGGGCAACUACCUUGCCUCUAACAUCGAUAUUGCCGAUCCAGAAUCUGGUGAGAUCGUACCUCUUGCCCAGCGGUUCAAGAAGUUCACCACCAAGAUGCAAGGAAUCCGGAUUAUGGCGUUUGGGUUCUUGUUCGAUUUUACGGGGAAUUACAACAAUACCGUUGUGACGCCUGUUGAAGAGACGAUCAAGCAAGCGUGGUUCCAGGAGGCGAUUAGAGACCGGGAAGUUGAUCUCUUCCUCGUUAUUGGCCACGUCCCGGCUAAAUCGAAAGACCUUGCCAGCGGGCGAUUUAUGGAAACUAUCGGCUUUGCGUCGUUGAGUGGGUUGAGCACUGCGAAGAAACAGACCUCUGCGGCCAGGACCUCCCCUGUUUUCACUCGAAGAUAUAUUGAUAACAAUCUAUUCUCGCUAUACCACCACUCGGGCCAUGAUGAGUCUACUUUCCACACACCUGAAGGUAAGAAGGUGACUGAAGAUAUCCGGAAAGCUCGAAGUGCUCUCAAGCUUGACCAUGUCUAUGGCUGUGCCCCGAAGACACUGUGGAUGUCCCGGGCCAAAUAUCCGUCCGACGAUAGCAUCUACAGCUGGCUCGAGAAAGAGGUCCUCCCUAGCUCUCUUAGGCCCCAUCUCCGUGAGAAUACCGCUGGUCUCGCUAUCAUCAACACGGGCGGUAUCAGGUUUGACAUCUUCAAAGGCCCAUUUACUCAGGAUGGCGCGUAUAUCGUGUCACCAUUUACGAAUGAGUUCCGAUUCAUGAAGGAUGUGCCGUAUGACAAGGCCGUCAUGGUCUUGAAGGUGCUGAACAAGGCUACCAACAUUCUCACGCAGGCAGGAUUUAUGCCUAUGGAUUCUUCAUCUCUUAGCCCACCGGAACAGUGGUCCAGAACGGAAGACUUUAUUGCAAAGGCCGAUCAUAUACCACUGUCCCAUGAAGCCAACAAUGAGCAGAAUCCACUGCAGGACGGUGAUGAGCCUACCCUGACUCCAGGAUACACUACCAAAGAUGACGGUGGGACAGAUGGAGACGACACUGUGCAUAACCCUGUGUCCUUUUACCGGGCUCCAAACUGCAUCAUGGCUACCAUCACAAACGAUGAUGACUCUUCCUCCACGCCGGAUGUGGUGGACCUGCUGUACCUCGACUUUCUCGAGCCUUGGGUGACUGUGGCUACUAAGAUCGUCGGGAUCGACUUUGACCCUAAGAAAGACGCAGAGGCCUUUAUGCCGGGCGUCCAGAUGAGAUCCAUGCUCACGGCCUGGGCAAGUCAACACUGGAGCUGUCCUAGCUCUUAG